AGCCUCGUUCUAACCAAUAUGGUUAUCACACGCUCCUCUAAUACUAACUCCAAUCCAGAAGAUAAUCAGGAAAAUCCCUUUGGUAAGGAUCCUCUGGCAACCAUUGCCUCUCGAUUGGCAGCUUUAGAUGUUUUACAAGAAAAGGUGACGGCUCUGGAAGCAAAUUCAUCUCGCCGUAAUAGUGGAAAAGGGAAACAGCGCAAUCGCGCAGAUGAUAGCGAUGAGGAAUAUGAAUCAUCUCGGCGUGCUUCGAGGCUACCACAUGCAAAACUGGAAUUCCCAAAAUUUACAGGAGGCGACCCAAGAGGAUGGGUCCUCAAAGCAGAGAAGUAUUUCCGUUACUAUGACGUUCCAGAGGAUGAUAAGGUGGAUGUGGCUUCCAUGUACCUUGAAGGGGAUGCUUUGGACCUGUUUUCAUGGAUGAGCACUGAGAGAACGUUGUUUUAUUGGGAAGAUUUGGUGAAGGCAUUCCAGGAACACUAUGGUCCACCGGAGUAUCAAAAUCCAGACGAAUACCUUUGUAGUAUCAAACAAAGUGGUACUGUGACUGAGUACCGCUUAGAGUUUGCAAGAAGGGCAUCUCGAGUUGAAAGAUGGCCUGAGCACUGCCUUCUAGGGGUUUUCAUCAACGGCCUCAAGGAAGAAUUGCAACCAGAUGUUCGGCUUCACAAGCCACAAACUGUGUAUAGGGCUGCAAGUCUUGCCCUGGAGUUUGAGAGAAAGCAACCUUCGAGUCGAGGGUCCAGAUCUAAUGCUGCUUUUGGCCCAAAUCGCAGCAACCCACUUUACCCUCAAAAUUAUUCAACACGUGAACAGAAAGGAAGUAUACUGUCGUCAUCGGACCAUCAAAAAACAUUGCCUUCGUCUUCACCCUCUUUGACGACACCUACCAGGAGCUCAUUCAUGGAGUCCGAACGACAACACCGACGCGAAAAGGGAUUAUGUUUCCGAUGUGGCGACCCAUUCAGGCCUGGUCAUCGCUGCUCCAGUUCUUUCUCCCUCAUGGAAAUUGACGACGAGGGAAAUCCAGUGCAGGAGAAGUUGGAUUCUGUGGAAGAGCAAGAAGUUGAAACCUUAGAGGAGGCCGAGAUCUCAUUCAAUGCCAUUCUGGGACGACCUACA